UUCAGUUCUACUGCGGCCGCAGACAAAUACGCACGACUGGCGGCCUCGCGUGAAAAAACUUCGAAAUAUACCGAAAACCGCGAAACUUUUGUGGACUUGUAUAUAUGUGAAAUUGUGACAACAAAUUGAACGCAACGAAAGUGAAAAGUUUCAGCCUAAGCCAGCAUGUGGCGGUCGGCGUCGACGGGCGCCCGUCUGGCGGCCGGCGUGGCGCUGGCCCUGUCCCUAGCCCUGGGGUCAGGCCGGAGAGUAUACAAGGAUCCAGAACCUGACGUCAGAUAUCAUACAGAUAUAUCGCUGUGGAUUGACGAGAGACAAGUGCGAAUGUUCAGCGGUCUAGCAAUGAAAAUAUUCGCAAUAAUCGACGGCAAUGUGCAAUCCUACAUCCUAGACCCGAACUUCUCGUUGAAACUGCCGGUGAUUCCUUCAGAAGUGAACUACGUGAAUUUCACGUGGAAGUCUAAAAAGCGAUACGAGUACAACUUUGAGACACUCUCAUCAUCAGAUCUGAAGAUAAUGAAGCCGCCAGUUCUUUCCAUUAAAACUAGAGGACGAGUGCCGAAGACCCCCAAAGAAUUCAGUGUAUCGUUGCCUUGUAUGGGCAAUGUCAGCGGGGUCGCAACCUUCGGCAUCAGUUUAGAACUGAAGACCGUUCACAAUAACGUGUCUUUAAAAGGUACCCCCUUGAGGUUAAACCUAAAAAAGGAAUGCGCACAGAGAGGUGUGUAUUUAGAAAGGACAGGGCCGGACCCCGAGUGCGACAAGAAAUGCGCCAACCAGGGCUGGUGCAACCACGAGAAGAUUUGCCAAUGUCCUGAGGGGUACAUGGGACAGCAUUGUAAAACAGCAUUGUGCUACCCUCAGUGUGUGAAUGGCGGGAAUUGCACUGCGCCUGGUGUGUGCUCGUGUCCGCCCGGGUACCAGGGACGGAAUUGUGAAGGAGGUCUAUGUUCUCAGAAGUGUCUGAAUGGCGGGAAGUGCAUUCAGAAAGAUACGUGUCAGUGUACAAAGGGUUAUUAUGGGUUAAGGUGUGAAUUCUCAAAAUGCGUGAUCCCCUGUUUAAACGGGGGCCGCUGUAAAGGCAUAAACAAGUGCCGCUGUCAGCACCGUUUCGCGGGCAACCACUGCGAGGUGGCGCUGCGCGGCGGCGAGUGCACGCGCGGGCGCGGCUGCAGACACGGCGUGUGCGCGGGCGGCCGCCGGGGCCGCAACUGCAGGCGCUCCGACGGUUCAUCUGAAGAUUCCAGUGAACACAGAAGAUUUUAAAAGAAUUGACAAUUUGUAAACAUGCAAAAUUAAAGACAAGCCUACUUAAUAAGUAAUAAUGAUGUGAUUUCUUUAAUAUUAUUAUAAUUUUUAUACAUAAUUACAUAAUGUAAAUGAAUAUUAAUGAUUAGUCAUUUAGAUUGUAAGUUCUAUGCAAUUAGGUUUUUUAAAAGAUAUGCAAUAUAAUAAAAAAUACAGAGUUUUA